AUGAGGUUCUUCGGACGAGCUGUUGCUGUGGUCAUUGCGGUUGCAGGCACAAACGCUGCAGCUUCAGUGCCCGACCCUGCUGUUGGCGAAGGUUUUCGCUAUCGCGAGCGAGACGGGGAGGGCGCUACCCAGAGACUGACGCAUCUGAGAAGCCCUCAAGGUACUGAGAGAAGACCGCAACGAAGCCCGAAGAUGCACGGCCAAGCAGCGAGGAUGAACGGCCUGGACCCGACGAGCGGCGGCUAUUUUGCCCCCUUUGGGUUUAAUGAGCCACCAGAGGCUUUGUACAGACGGAACGGUAGUCUCGCAAGACUUGCUCCGAUCAUCAAUGUCGCUGCAGAAGCUUUGAACCAGCCGAUCCCGACGAACAAAUGGUGGGGAAACUUGAUCCACAUCACGGCUCUCAACACGUCCGAGAACUUUCCAUCAUGGGCUCAGCCGUACGCAUUCAUGCUGCCCAGGGUACGGCCAUAUGGAUUGAUGUCGUACUACCCCUACACGUAUCGUGAGAUGGCACCAGAGAUCAAUGGCACAGUUCAAUGGUACUCACACGGGACCCACAAUGACCUGACGCUCUCAGCUCGCGAGUUCAACGAAACGCGACCAACGUACGAAGUGUACUCGUGGAGUGACAUGGGUGUCAAGCUCCGACUUUGUGAUCACGGGACGACCAACUGCAUCGAUUCAGCGCUGUUGAGCGGCAUGGCCUUCGUGUCGGCCUCGUACAACUGUCUUACUCCGCGCAUCGACACUGAGUACAAUAUCACACGCGUGGACAAACCGGCACCGGGCAAGCUCGUUAUCCAUCUCAGCAGCAACCAGACGUGGGUGCUGUAUGCCAGUGACACGAGACUGUCGUUGCGCGUGGAGGACUCGGUGACAUUCUCGGUGAACGCGUCGGGAUCGUCUCUUGUUGCGGACAAAACGUACUCAGGCACGAUACGAGUCGCCGUGCUUCCAAAAGGCGCACCAGACACGCUGUACGACGACUACGUAUCGUGUAUUGCAGUACUUGCGACACUGGGGGGGUUGCUGCACUUUGCGUUACCGCACCAAGUAGAGUCAAUGAUUGACUCUCCGAUAACGGCUGAGACACCAGGUGCCAUCACGCUGAACUCAACUACGCGAGGUCUGAUGGUGGGUCAGAUGUCGUUGUGCUGGUCCUUCAACGUGCCAGAGGCAGAUUUCGAGAUCGACUUUUACCCAGCUGGGAAACUGUCCUCCUAUCUUGUCCGGGAAACAAACAUGCUUCGCACGCUGCGAGAGGACAUUCUCGCCAACUGGACUUUGGCUACCAAUUCUUGGUACUUUAACGGAAAGGCCUUGCAGAAGUACGCGUCGUUGUGUCUGAUGGCAGCGGACACCACGGUAGUCGGCUCGGAUACGACGCUGCUGGCGCUUUGUAUACAGAAGCUGGAGAGGUUGUUCGAACCGUUGCUGAACAACACGUUGUCGCCUCCUCUCGUCUACGAAACGCUGUACGGUGGGGUUGUUUCUGGUUUGAUCUUCGAAAACGACAAUCUGUACAUGGACUUUGGCAGUGGGAUCUACAACGACCAUCACUACCACUUUGGCUACUACGUGCUGUCAGCAGCCAUCCUCAAGUACUUGGACCCGACGUGGUAUUUGAUGCCAGAGCUGGAACAAUUCAUCUGGAUGCUGCUGCGAGACGUGUCCAACCCGAGCCUGGAUGAUCCCGUCUACACUCGAUUCCGUCACUUUUCCUGGUACCACGGCCACUCGUACUCACGUGGCGUGACACUGCUGGACCACGGCAAGGACAAGGAGAGCACGUCUGAAGAUCUGAACUUUUACUACGGCAUGACAUUGUGGGGCAGAGAGACUGGCCACAGGACCUUGGAAGAUCUCGGCAGUCUGAUGCUGCGUCUGAACGCCUAUACGGUCCGCGAGUAUUUCCUGCUUACGUCGGAGAACAAGAUUCACCCGCCUGAGAUCGUGCGAAACCGAGUCACUGGCAUUUUCUACGACAACAAGAUUUUAUACAACACGUGGUUCCUGAACGAGAAGUACGCGAUCCACGGCAUCCAGAUGAUCCCAGUGUCGCCGGUGAAUGCGUUGGCUCGCACGACGCCGUUUGUGAUGGAGGAGUGGAAUGAUAUCCUAUCGAAGGAACAGAUCGUCACUACGAAAAACAGCAACAACACGUGGCUGUCGUUGUUGUUGGUGAAUGCAGCGGUCGUGAACAAGAUGGAUUCGCUGUACAAGCUGAUGAACGCGACUAUGGAUGACGGUCUGACCCGGUCGUGGGCGCUCUACAACGCUGCUACUGCGUGCUGA